CCAAUGUUGACAAUAAUGACAUGACAAUGUUCUGCUUUCCAAGCGAUCACUAACAAAUUAUUGAGAUCUUUGGGCAUAUAAUUAAUGGCAUUUAAAGACUAACCACUGUUCAUGAACAAUAGAUAGAAUAAGGAAAGAAAACAAAUAUAAAUAUACAACCGUAAAUAUUGUAAUCUUAGUUUUUUAAUUUGUAUAAAUCAUAUUGUUUACGUGUGCAUCUCGCCCUAUAGAAAGUUAGGUAGAAAAAUUAUAAGGUAAAAUGUUUACUAUUCAUGAAGGUGAAGUAAUUUUUAAAGAAAUAUACGGUUCUGUUAAAAAACAAAGAUUCUACGUGAAACCACCAGAGCAAUCAAAUGUUGUGGUAGUCGACGAGGAAAAGUCUAAUGAAUUCACAAAUUUAUUUACAAGAGUGUUCCUGCCACAGGGGUAUCCAUAUAGUGUAAGCAAAGAUUAUACAAACUACCAAAUAUGGGAUACAGCACAAGCUUUCUGCAGCACAAUCACUGGGAUUUUGGCCACCCAGGAAGUUCUAAGGGGUGUUGGAGUUGGCGACACUACUGCAACCCCAUUAGCAGCCACUGUGACUUGGGUUCUUAAGGAUGGCUGUGGACACUUGGGGAAGAUUUAUUUUGCUUACAGCCAUGGUACUCACCUAGAUGCUUACAGUAAAAAGUGGCGACUGUAUGCAGAUGUGCUAAAUGAUGCAGCAAUGUGCAUAGAAAUAGCUUUACCAGCCUUCAAAAACUACACCACAGCAGUUUUAUGUGUUAGCACUGUAAUGAAAGCUAUUGUAGGAGUGGCGGGAGGUGCGACCAGAGCAGCUAUGACCCAACAUCAUGCCAUUAGGAGCAACUUGGCAGAUGUGUCGGCGAAAGACUCUGCUCAAGAAACAGCUGUUAAUCUUAUUGCCUCCCUAACAGCUUUGACAAUCAUCACAAUCUUUGGGAGUUCACUAACAGUUUUCAUAAUAAUGAUGGUUUUUCAUAUCAUCUUCAAUUAUAUGGCUGUGAGAUCAGUUUGCUUGAGAACCUUGAAUAAACCAAGACUUUUACAAAUAGUUGACACCUAUUUGAGAGAAGAAGUUAUUGCAAAGCCUUGUACUGUAAACAGAAAUGAACCAGUUGUAUUUUUCCCGAUUGGACCUAAUACUUUAGAAAGACAAUUAUGCGGAUUCCAAAUUAAAAUAGGCCAAUCUAUGAAAAAACUUGUGAAUAAGAAUCCAAAGGCUUAUUUUAUGAUCAAUGUCAGGGGAGUUUACAAAUACAAUGAAUAUAUUUUAGUACAUUGUUUGGAAACAAGAACAAUAUACAUUUAUCUACGAGAAACUGCUACAUCUGACAGCAUCUUGUGUGCUUACUUUCAUGCAAUGUUGUAUGGCAUAGUGAUUUGUGCGCUAAAUGACAUUCCUUUGAAUAUUUACAAAAGCCCUGAAAAUCUCAUGAAACCAUUUCCAGUUAUCUGUGAGACCUUAAAACAAGCUGAAUGGUCAAGAGUUCCGAUAGAAUAUGCACCACCAUACAGCAAAUUUAGUUACGAACCUUCAUUUGAAGUUAUGGAAUUUCUUAACAAGAUCGUACAAAAAGAAUGGCUCAAACUACGGCAAGGACUGAAACAAGUCGGUUGGGACUUAAACAAAAAUCUUCUUAUCGUUGAUGAAUGGCGCAUCUGCUCUGCAAAACUUGUUGCCACGCAGAUUUCUAUAGGACAAAAGGUCAUACCAAAAGGUUUAGCUCAUAAUGAUCCAAAAAUUAUGACAUUUGAUGUUGGACAUGAAGAUCUAGCCAUUGAUGAGCUUGGUGAACUUAGAACUUACACAAUAGAACCAGACACAGAAAAUGUCCCAGAACCAAUCAUAGAUAGUGAAGUAACUCAAAAGCAAGCAACAAUGACAAGCAGUAAAGUGGGUUAUAACUACCAAAUCCGGAGAUUGAACUGAGCGUAUAGUGUACAAAUACAUAGGAAAUCGUAUACAAUGUGUUAGUUUAAAAUGGUGUUAGACAAAUAUACAGGGUGUAAAAAGACACUUAACGAAGCCGUUUACUACGCAUACUUAAGUACUGCAGUUCUAACUAAGUAGCUUUAACGCUAAAAUUAUCACUGGGAAAAGACAAAAAAAAGUAAUUUUAUUGCGCGCAAUGUAAAGCUAACGGGCUUCGUGUCAUUGUGUGCGUAGGUUCACAGCUUAGCAUAGAAACGCUGUGAUAAGUACGUAGGUCGACGUUUUACUUCAAAACAACAAAACAAUUCUGUAAAAUAAAAAUCCUACUGAGAUGCAUGAUGUUUUUUGUGCGGGUCAGCAUUUAUUUAUUACGUACAUUACCGUUCGUAACUUCAAAUGCGUAAUUUAUUUAGAACAAUCGAAAAUUCAGGUAAUGUUUUUUUGGAAAAAAGUUUUGUAAUAAUACUAUGAAUUCGAUUGCGCAAAAAAAUAUUUAAAAAUGCAUCUUUGACCUCAAUUUAUCGAGAACCCGUGGACUCCCGGCUAUUGUCUUAAAGAAAAAAAUGAUCCAAAUAAUGGGUAGAAUACGUGGCUUUCGGCUUCGUUAAGUGUCUUUUUACACCCUGUAUAUUAGUAAAUUAAUGUAGUACAAUUUAGUUCACACUGAGGUGUGAUACAGAUCUUCCACCAGAACUUUUAAGCAAUAUUAGGUAUAAAAGUAGUUACUGUUUUAGUAUUAUUAUGUACUACGCGAGUUAUUGCUAUCCUAGUCAUGUGCGAAUUUAUGAUUAUUUUUUAUAGUUCGCGUGUACGCCUAAUAUAAUGCGCACAGACCUGUAUCUUUAUGUCCUUUUCAAUCAUUUAUUAAGUCAAUUGUCUUCAUAUUAUCUUUGAUUUUAUUUUCUUUUUAUAGUGAUUGUAAUGGAGGAAUUGAUUGACAUUAUACAACACCAUAUUUAUAACUUUAUUGUAAACUAGAUGCUCUCGCCCAAUUUCACCCACUGCUCGGCUCCAUUUAAUCGUAGCGUGAUGUUGUAUGACAUAUAGCACUCAGGAACAUUGUAGCUAUCUAUCAGUGAAAGAAUUUUGGCAAUCCGACCAGCGGUUACAAAGAUUACCCCCUACAUACAAACUUACAAAUUUUACCUCUUUAUAUAUAAUAUUAGUAUAGAUUGAUGCAUUUUAAAUAAAUCAGAUUACAUCGUUUAAAUAUUUUCUGUUUCAGAAAGGUACUUACUUCAUAAGUAGGUAGGUACUUGUAACAGUGAAUUAAGACUGUUUAAUAAUUGUGUCGUGGUGGCCCGGAGGUUAAGGAGCCCACUUCUCAUGCAUGAGGGCGUGGGUUCGAAACCUGGCUAGUACCAAUGUGUCUUUUUCCGAGUUAUAUGUACUUUCCAUGAUUAUUUAGACUCCUCUGACAUCGUGAGGAAACCUGGAUUAUAAUCUCUAAAUAUAAGUUUGAAAUUACCAACCCGCAUUGAGCAAGCGUGGUGAUUAAUGCUCAAAUCUACUCUGUGUGAGAAGAGGCCUUUGCUCAGCAGUGGGCACUUAUGGGCUGAUGAUGUGAAUAAUUGCGUAACAGUGACUUUUGUGUAUAGAAGUUUAGAUUAUAAUAUAAAAAUAAUAUGUUUACUAUCAUUAGGAAAACACAGGCAAUAAUUUACAUUACUGUUUAUAUUUUCGUGUUUGUUAAAUUCAUUAUUGGAUGGAUGAAUGAAAAUUAGAAUCAUUUUAAAUAUACAUGCAGAAUGUAGUAUAAAUAAAUACAAUAUGGGUGGA